GGUGCCAUAUUGAGCUUCGAAAACAUCCAUGAUCAACCAACAGCUGAAUUUCUCCUUUAUUUACCUGGGAAUGACAGAAUCUCAGAUGAUACUGUGACUCAGGUUUGCUUUGAUUGUUAGUUUUAUGUUGCGCUUUGUGUCAACCUAAGGCUAACCAAAGCCAACAUCUAGCAGAGCUUUUAACACAAUCGAGAAGAUGGCUGAUCCUUGGCAGAUUUUAGUUGGUGUCUUAAUGUAUUUUUGCACAUGGCUUAAGAAAUGUAUAGAGGAAAUUUGGAGACGUGUGUGCUUCAAAAGUAGCUGGCCUCAGUUCAGACAAGCAGAUGCUGAUAUUACAAAGCACAAGUCUGAAAACCAACAGGUGGAUGUCUGGAGAACACAUCAAGACUACAGGACCUACGGAAACCAGAACAGCGGACCAAUGGUGAUGGUGAAAACCAGCACACAUACAUUCUUUGUGGAUUUGGAGAAGCUUGCAGACUGCAGCGAGUACUUCAGGGCUUUGUCCCACUCCUGUAUGAGAGAGACAACUGAACGGCUGGUGAAUCUAGAACACGUUCCAUCUUUGGUCUUCCACAACCUUCUGGAAUUCUGCUUCCUACAGCGGUUCUGCGUUCCUGAGAACCUUCUAGUGGAACAUCUACGAGCGAGCAGCUACCUGUUGGUUUCCAGCUUCACGGAUCGUCUACUGAUCACCCUUUCUCAGGUCUUGACGGAGAACACCUGUCUGGGUUAUCUACAGCAAGCUGAGGAACUGUGCAGUGUGGAAAUUCAAGACACUGUACUAGCCUACAUGAGCAAGCAUCUACUGGAGCUUCCACACCUGAGUAAAGGCUUGGAUCCAUACCUUCAAACUAAAGUUCUCAGAUUCAGGUCAAGUGGAACUCCACAGUUGUGCUGCCUAAGGAAGGAGAACCUGAACUCAAGGAAUGACCCGGAAACAGAUGCUGCCCGAAAGCUUUUUAGACUGGAGGGAGAAGGGGAUUGUGGGAAAUGGAGUUCUGUCACCGAUCUGCCUUUUUGUGCAGAUAAGUGGUGCUUUACUACAGCUGUGCUACAUAAUUAUCUCUAUCUUAUAGGAGGGUACAGACAACGUGUGAAGAAAGGUUACGAAUUCAAGAUGGCAUCCUUCCGCUACAACCCUUUUACCAAUCAGUGGGUGUCGACAGCUCCUAUGAUUAAGCACAGGCGUCACUUCAGUGCAGCGGUGUGUGAAGGGAGAAUCUACGCUGUGGGUGGCUGGUAUCUGGAUUCACUCGUGACGCCUGACUCCAGUACAGGUGUGUACACCGCUGUGGAGGUGUACGAUCCCUGGACGGACACCUGGGAAUUCGUUUCUUCCCUCCCUCUGACGGAUUUCCAGUUCACCCUAUCUCUAUCCCAUGACUCCCCACUUACCACCAGUCUGGGGCACUGCCUUUAUGUACUGGGGAACAUCAAGAGAACCGGAGAGAAACUGGUGCUGCGCUAUGAUACAAGAGAAGAUUGCUGGUGUGAACUGCUCCCUACACUCACCCGAUCGAGCGCUGACCUCACCGUCCUGCACUUUUUGGGAGCCGCCAAUAAUCAGUUGAUUGUAAUCGGGGGUAACAAUACUAAAACCCUGAUAACAUCUUUCUGUGUGGAGUCUAAGAAGUGGGGUAACAUCAGAACAAUGAAGAAGAGCACUUUAAUCGGGCAGGGCGUCGUUCUUCAUAAUGAGCUCUACAUGUCUGGAACAAAGAACAACUCGAUGGUUAAAGUGAACCUGGAAUCUCUUUCUCUCUCUACUCUCCCUUCACUUAAUGUCUCCACAUGCUACGAAAGCCUAUUUCAUCUCUGCUUCUGAACAGCUGUAAUACAAACCUGUAUUUCCAUUUACAUUUGUGACCCUGUACCAGGGUCAUAAGGGUCAAACAAGUCAUAAGUAGGGCUGGGUAUUGGCAAGGGCCUCACGAUAUGAUACAUGUCACGAUACAGUGUAGCACGUUGUAAUACGAUACGUUGCAUAUUGCGAUGCAUUGCAAUACUUUUUUCUGCAGUAAUUAAAAAAACUAAAGUGCUUCCACACGUCAGCUUUGAAAGCUGCAGGGUUUUUUUCUUCUGCCAUUUUCUCACACCCGCUACCUUCUGAGACAUUGGCCGAAUGACCGUAUAUGACAGACAACCAGGGCCGGCGGCGAGGGGGGGCAUUCGCGUGCCAUGCCCCCCUACACAGUUUUUUAUUAAUUUAAUAUAUAUCAAGAAUAAUUCAAAUAAAUUAAACAUUGAAUGUUGAAUUAAUGCCUUCCAGAAAAUGUUCUUCUUUAAAUAUAUAAACAUACGAUAUACCAAAUGAAAGAAUAGACCCUCUGCUUUCAAACAAAAAAAAAAAAACGUUUCAUCCUACCUUUAGUGGUUCUUUUGCAAUCAGCUUUUGAAUAUGGGUAGGUUUUUGCAAAAACACCAUAUUUUGAGCAAAAAGCAGAGAUAAUUCCAUUUUUAUGACGGACUUUUCAUAUAGAUCCCAUUCAGAGCGAUCUUUAAAACAGACACGGACAUACAGCAGCUUGACAUAGGGCAAUACUUCCGGUUUUAAAAAGUUGCGGAAGGGCGCCACCUGGUGGAUAAUAGCGGUAUUGCGGAAAGACGGAAAAUCUCGUCAUUGGCGGGGAAGCGUUUUCUCUUAAUUGACAAGAUAUCUCGUCAAUGGCGGGGAAAGAGUUAAAUUAAAAUAGCCCAGUUUCUCUGAUUGGUUUUAUUGUGGCGUCUCAUGCGUCUUUACGUCUUUAGCAUAUUAAUGUGACUUGAUAAUAGCAACGUGUUUUUUCACGGCAUUUUAUGGAUCUUGUAAAAUAUGGAUAUUAGAACGAACCAGCACAGCCUGAUCCAUCCGACUUCAUGCAAACACCCAUUGGCUCAAACUCGGAGAUUAGAGGUCGAAGUUGAAUUUUCAAAUCUACAGGACACUGUUUUAAGGAAGUUUAAUGUUCAUACACGCCGGCUUCAGCUUUUUAAAAAAUAAGUUAGCGUUGUUUUAAAUUACGUAAGCUUAAAUGUGAAGUGUGGCUAAAGACCGUUAACAGCACGACGUGAUUAUGGUAAAGCGGAUUUUAGGACGUGGUGUGAGCUGCGCUAUAUUCAUUUCAAUGGCUUGCGCCACGCGAGGGUGGUUUGUUGUUGCGUCGAGCAAAGCGCGAGCACAGCGGAGCGCAAGGUUUGUGAUCUUCUGAUGAGCUGACAGUAUGUACCAGCUGUAUCAUAUGAGUGUGUGCUUGCACUGUAUUUGUUGUUUUAAUGCCUUGUUUUUGCAAGUUAUUGUUGCUAAUUGCGUGCCCCCCCCGUUGGAAGCCACGUGCCCCCCUGUUAGUUAUGGUCUGGUGCCAGCUCUGCAGACAUCUAGACAGCGACAACUAUAGCAGCCGCGGAGGAGGUCAUUUGACGCACACAGAGGGAUUUUUUUAAAUAUAUCGCUACUAGAGAUUGAAAUAUCGAUACACUAUUGUGAAAAAAUGUAUCACGAUAGUUGGCUGUAACAAUAUUUUUGAACAGCCCUAGUCAUAAGGGUAAUUUUUUAUAAAUAAUAAAUACAAACAAAUAAUCUUCCCAUUGCUGUAUGUAGGGAUGGGACGAUAACCGGUUUCGUGAUUAGCCACGAUAAAAAAUUCCUGGCGGUUAGUAUUAUCGUUUAAAAUGUAAUUAUCAUUACAACUGCGUUUGAUUACCAUGAUUUUGAAAACUCGCGGUAAAUCCUGUCCAGCCAGAAUCAGUUUGACACAGGCACAUGCAAUAUAAUUUUUUUUGCACAAAAAGGCAUUUAAGGGAUAAUGUAUUGUAUUGUAUUCAUCAUUCAUGGUAAACUUAUUAGAGAGAUUUAUUUAUUUUUUACCACAGAAAUAAUUUCAGGGACAUUCAAUUGUGAUUUUGAA